GCCCCUCGCGCAUAACGUCACUUCCGCUAAAACAAAUGUCGCGAUGUACCUGUGUAACAUCCCGACUCUUCAACUUUUCUGGUAACAGUUUCAGAAGUUUUAACCAUGAAUUCAUCUCUGAGGCACUGGAGGGAGGCGGCCACUCUCAUCCUGGCCGCCGGACACAAGCUCGGCCCGGGCAGUCUAUCGUCAAGGACACCGGUGACCAGCAGCAGCGAUGGUCUGUCACACCUACCGCACAAGUCCUGCUUCGACUACGACGUUUUAAUGCUCAAACGAAGCAGUAAAAGCGGAUUCAUGCCUAACGCAUACGUCUUUCCAGGAGGCACGGUGGACUCCUCGGACUUUUCGAGUGAAUGGCUGGACAUUUUCCAGUCGUUCAGAAACUUUCCAAAUUUUGGUCUGAGGAGGGUCAAACAGCCUCCAGAGACCAGACCACCUAUCUUCGCCACAGACCGGCUGAAGCUGGGCUCUCCUAUUCCAGGGGAGGUCGCCUUCCGGAUAUGCGCCCUCAGGGAGACAUUUGAGGAGUCAGGUGUGCUCAUGGUCGUGUCCAAAACGGAGGGGGAAAGUUUGUUAAAAGGCUUUGAGGACAGGUUGGACACUGAUGAAGUGACACACAACAAAGUGAGCGAGCUGGACAGCAGUGAACUAACUAAAUGGAGGGCUCUGGUCAACCAGAACCCAUCUAACUUCAUCAGGAUGUGCAGAGAGCUGGAGGUGCUGCCAAACAUCUGGGCUUUACACGAGUGGGGGAACUGGCUCACUCCUAAAGAGCGACAACCCAACAGAUUUGACACAGCUUUCUUCAUCUGCUGCCUGCAGGAGAUCCCACAGACUAUGCAGGAUGAGAGAGAAAUAGUGCACUUUAAGGUAAUGCAGAAAUCAAACCUUUUUCCAAGAACUAAUGUAAAGGCCAAAAAUGGAAAUGGGGGAGUUAAAAAAAUUGAAAACGAACAAAUGAAUGACUGGGUGUACUGUCGAAACCAAGGUUGGUUCAACUGAGAUCAGGGAUGUUUUUCCUCAAAGGAGACCUACUUUCAAAAUGCACUAAAGAUUCUUAAACAUCAGACUAUUAAGUUUUGCAGUUUUUCUACCCUAAAGUCUACUUUUAUGAAGCUUAUAUAUUUUCAAUUUUUAAUAAUAAUAACUUUAUUUGCAUAGCACUUUAAAAAACAGAAGUUUACAAAGUGCUUAGAGCAGUGGUUCUCAAGUCCAGUCCUGGAGGCCCACUGUCCUGCAUGUUUUGGAUGUUUCCCUGCUCCAACACACCUGAUUCAAAUGAUCAGCUCAUUAUUAAGCCAUUACAGAGCUUGAUAACGAGCUGAUCAUUUGAAUCAGGUGUGUUGGAGCAGGGAAACAUCCAAAACAUGCCAGACGUGGGGGCUCGAGGACUGGAUUUGAGAAACACUGUCAUAGAGCACUUGAAAAAAGACAGAUAAAAAACAAAAAUCUCAAUAAAAACUGAAUUAAAGGCCAUUUUCACGUCAUAAGGAACCCAGACAAUUCAAGAACCAUGCAAAAUAAAAUAAAACCACAAGGACCAAAAUAAAAACAUGAAAUUGUUAAGAAAAAAGGAAAAUGCAAUUAAAAGUGAGGACGAAAGCGGAAACAGGAUAGUAAAUAUAAAAGGCAAUAUCAACAAUGAUAGUAAAAUAAUAACAGGUAAUCCUGAUAAUAAAAGUAAUGAUAAAAUAAAGCAACAGAAAUGAGCAAGAGAUAAAACAAUAAAAAGCCUAAAAGGUUAUUCAGAAAAGAGUACAAGUAUAACAAAAGCUAUAAAGAGAGUAGAAUCGAAAUAAGAAAGGUAAAAGAGAUAAGAGAUGACAGAUAAAAGACAGCAUCACGUAAAAGCAAGUCUGUACAAUUGAGUUUUUAAAUUUGACUUAAAAGAAGUGACUGUCUCUACACGCCUCAUCUCCUCUGGCAGGUCAUUCCAAAGUCGAGGAGCUCUGAUGGAGAAAGCUAUCACCUAUCACCUUUAGUUUUGAGCCUCAACUUUGGAACGACCAGGAGGCCUUCGCCAGAGGAUCUGAGGCUGCAAGUUGGCUCAUAUGGUAUUAAAAGCUCUGAAAUGUAGCUUGGAGCAAGCCCUUUGAGCACUUUAAAAGUAAUCAAUAAAAUCUUAAAAUCAAUUCUAAAACUGACAGGAAGCCAGUGAAGGGAGGCUCAAAUUGGAGUGAUGUGAUGUUGUCUACUAAAACCAGUUAAAAGCAGUUAAAAAAAUUUUGUUGACUAUUCGGACAUGUUAUUAUCAUUCUUCAUAUUAACUGCUGAACUUGUGUUUAUUGGUGAUGCAGUGAAGAGCAUCAUGUUAAAAAGUGUUUGAUGCUUGUAUUUUGUUCCUCUAGAAGAGAGGGACCAUUCCUUUGUACAUGUAUGUGUCUGUGUCAUCCCUGUAUUUAAGAAACUGAGGGACUUUAAGGUCGUUGUGGCACAUAGUUCUUGUCAAAGGUUAACAGUUGUUCAAUGAUUCAUGCAAAAAGAACAGAUAAGGCAGAGAAACCUGAUUCUACGCAAUUCUUACCAACAAGGUUUCACAACACAUUUUUGCAAUUUCUGAAAAAGAUAGCUCAUACUUUUCCCACUUCCCAAAUGACUCAGGCUUGCUAUAUGCUCUUUGUAUUGGAUUGCAUUAAAAUUACUGGUCAACUAUCAGUUUGGUAUCAGCUGAUGCCAAUACUAAUAAUGUAAAAGCAGGUCAGCCGAUGGAUAACAAAUAAUGCUGAUGGCCCCCUUGUUGUUUGCAUUUGACAAAAUAUAACAAUUUAUUGAUACUAUAAAAAAGUUAGCUGAACUUGAGGGAAUUAUUUCACAGUAAAUUUGGGGGUUAGCGAAGUAUAGCCACAAAAGUUUUCAAGAUUUCUGUCCUGCCAUCCUGCUCAUCAUUAUUGAGCAAGAAAAACACACAAAGUGUAGGUUAAAUCAAGAAAGUUUUGCCUUCAUUUGAUAUCCUGUUAGAGAGAGGGAAAAUGUGUUUUCUUUUAGAAAAGGUUAUGAUGAUACCAACCUUUUGCAGGCUGACCCUGAUAUGGUGACCAUUAUGUCGAAAUGCCAUUAAUUGCCCCUAUGAUCAGCAGCUGAUUAAUCUCUCUAUCUCCAAUUGAAAUGUGAUGAUAAAAAAAUUGGUCCAGAUAAAGUGUGAGUUUCUACUUACAACCAGAAGAUCCUGGCUCAAUAAGAGUCAAGUAUUCACCUGGCAGUGUUACUCUAAAGUACAUGUAAGCUGUUUGACAGACAGUAAAAGCAGAGGAACAACACUACCUGAAACCUACUAUGUUGAUAUUAUGUCCCACAACCAGACCACCUAAGAGAGGAUUUAGUAUCACUUGAUGUUUUCUUUUGUUUUACUUGUACCUGAUUGUUUUCUCACUUGAAAUCAGUAGAAACUGUUCAUACCAUGCAGAUUGGAUAGGCCUUUGUUCACAUUAUUCAGGCAAGCUUUGGUAGUGAGACACACACUGAUCAGUUCGAGGGCAGGAUUAGUUGAUUGUGUUGUUUUUAGACAAUAAGUGUAGGCAGAAUUUUUAGGUUAAGAGGCUAAAAGUAUUCAGAAGACUGAUCCUGAAUGUUCCCUCCUUUUUUCUGGGCAUGAUAUAAGUCAUGUUACAAAAACAGUUUAUUCGUUAAAAACCAUGCAAGAUGUGAGCGUAAAUAGUCACUGGAGUUCAUGGCUUUUAGCGUAAUGUAUCAUGAUCUCUUUUCCACUGAGCGUUAUCCCUGAAUCUGACUGCUGUUACUUUUAAACUCAGUCUCUUAGUGUUAAGCUGAACCAACUUUUCUGGGACACAUUUUAUAAAGUUUUACCCCUGUCAUAUCACAGCUAUAGAUAUAGACUUACAUGAUCUCAAAGCUUUCAGUUUGUGCAAACAACUGCAAAGAAGAAGAAUUGCACCCAACAAUUGCUUAAUGCUACCUGCUGUGUUCCUAUUUUAGUGGUCCACACCUUCAGAGAUCCUGCAGAGUUUCCAGGCACGGGAGAUUUGGAUCGCCCCUCCUCAGUUCUAUGAGCUCAGCCGCAUGUGUCGUCUUCCCCUGCUGAAUGACCUCCACAACUUCUCCAGCAAGCGUGGCACUGAGGGUAUAGAGCAUUGGCUGCCUGUUAUUGUCUCUGAAGACGGAGAAAACGUAACACUGAUGCCAGGUAUGAAUCACUCACUGUACACACAACACUAACAACAAUGUGUUUGUACUCAAGGUUAUGUAUCCGUGUAUCCAGCCUCAGGUAUCCACUCACAGCUCUUCUUUUGUCUGAACACAAAUGAAAACACACCACGUAGCCACACUGUUGUAUGUAAUCUUGAACUCUGAAUCAACCUUUUUGACGAUAUUCUUAUUCAUUGAGAACCACCUGUAUUUUAACCUCACCAUCACUUUAAGUAAGUCGAUAAAUGUAGUGUGUGUAGGCCCAACUUGCUCCUGUUAAGGAUGCUUUUAAACCCUCCUCCUGUGUUAGGGUCUGCACCGACCCGUUUUGAUUUUAAAUGCUUAAAAGAACCACUUAAAUGUGCUUUUUUGGAUCAAGACUUUUUGACUUUGUUAGGAACCUCUAUUUCAACAAAUUUUUAAAAGAAAAUUAAAUUGACUAAAUUAUAAAAUGCUCUUAUUAAAAAUAUGGCACUCGUCAUGUUAGGGUCACUGUUGACCCGGUUCGAUCAAUAUCUUAUAAUUAGAGCAAAAACUGAAAUCGUCAGUGCACUGACGGUUAGGUCCUCUUCCAAUCAUGUGAGAUUUUGGAAACUCUCAUUUUGCCAUGUUUUUUCCUGUAGAAAUGUGCCGAUAUAUGAUUUAAUCGCGAUAUUAAACAGCCGCGAUGAUGAAAUUGUGCGGUACUGUAAUAAUCGUUUCACAAUUAUAAUUUAGAGACAAGUGGCAGCGUCACUCAGCGGAGUCGAGCGAAGCCGAGUACUUACCAACCUAACCCGCUUGUAGUCUUCCCCACGGUGUCAAAGCCUCGGUCGCUAAAUGUACAAACAAAGCACCACAAAAGUAGUCCCAAAUCCAAAACGAACUCUCGAAUUAAGUACAUUAAUGCCAGCCUAACAAAAACGGGAACAUUAGAAGAGAAAAUGAAGAAAUUUUACAACAAAAUGCGUGGACACCCACAAUGCAUUGUGGCCACCCAAAGCACUUUUGGAGCGUGUCCACUGUGUGAACCGGAAACAGUUUGAAGAAGAAAAAAAAAAGUUGACGCACGCAUUCCAACCUCCAACCAACAUAACGAUGCAGCCGGACCAAGAACAGUCGGAGACUGAGAAUGACGAAACACCUCGGCUGUAUCCUUCUAUUAAAAAGGUUUUGGCAGUGGACAUUUUACGGCUUCACAAAACAGAUGGAGCAGGUAAACCUGACACCAAUCUGCAGGUUAUGCCGUGAGGAAGUUGCAGCGCCGUUGUCUAACACUUCAAAUCUACGUGCCCACCUCCGUGAACACCAUCCAGCAUCGUUCGCCCAAAUCAAGGUAAAAACAACAUGACCUCAACAAGUUUGGUCUACUCUACUGCUUAUUAUUGACAACGUUAGUGACGUUUCUGCUAACUUUAGCUCCAAAAAGCUAAUGCUCCCAGCGUCGCGUUAGCUGCCUCUUGCUCAUAUUGUUUGUGCGUGUCAUGCUGUUCACAGAGAAGUGAUUUCGCAGUUUUUUGCCAUUUUUAAUAACUGUAAAAGCAAUGCGGUAAUAUUGUGAUAAUAUCGUGAAUCGUGAUAUUUUGGCCACCAAUAUCGUGAUAUCAAUUUUUUCUUAUCGGCACGUGCCUAUUUUCCUGCACAAAAAACAUCAGACAUGUCCAGACAUGUGGGAUUAUGUUAUGAUCAUGUUGCCAUGGUUAUGAUUUUGAUAAUGAAACAGUUUCUGUAUGUGAUGGAUUAACUUAUUUCUUUUUACUGCUGGCUGCUUCUCUCUUGGGCUCCUCUCUUUCCAGGUGACAAAAGUUAUCCAUCCAGCACUUCGAGGGAAGCUCAGAUGGAUAAAGGCGCAGAUGCUGAGCUGGAGGAUGCUAAUCAUGCUCCCACUCUGCACCGAAGUGUGUUUGCAGAUCCAUACACUAUAAAUCUACAGAUCACUAUCACACCCAAGUACAACCAUCUGCUCCCUGUGAUAGGGAAAGCUGCCCCACAUGACUCAAAAAGUCAACUGUGACUCACCCACAGAGCUGUUGGGGCUCUGUAACUCCUCUGUGCGGCACGCUGAACGAACAAGAAAGUCUAAAGAAAACAUUAUUUGCAGUAAAGCCUGAAACUCUGCACUGCUAUUGAACAUAUCAAGUCAAAAGAACAAAAACAAGAAUGUUGAGAGAAAAACAAGAAUAUUGAGAGAAACAGUGAUGAUUGCCUGGCUUUCAAGGUUAAAGGUUGCAAAACAUACUUGUUGCUUUGUUAUUCAGGCAUCCUAUGAACUAAUUCCAAGGAUUCUGAAAUGAUCAAACUACUAUCAUUACCUAAUUAAAGGAGCUAAGUGAUAUUGAGUCACUUAUCCUGUUACUAUUAUUUAUUUUUCAUGAUUUGUACUCUGCCAAUGUCUGUGAUGAAUGACUGAUAAGGAUUAUUUUUUUAUGUAACAAACUUGUGAUUAACAAUGAUGUGAUUGAAGUGGUCGCUUAUGGCCUUAUUAUUCUGCUUCUUUUCAGCUCAGAUACUUGCUGCUGACUGAAAAGCAAGUAAAGCAGGCCGUCUGACAUGAAGUGGUUGAGAUUUGGCUCAUCUGUGCUUGAGCUCUUUGUUAUGUUUGAUUGAAGGAGCUCUUUCCUCAUAAUAAAUAAUUUGUGCUAAAUCUGACUAUUUAAAUUGUUUAUUGUGCCAAACUGUUUACAGGAGGCCCAAAACUCCUACAGACUGCUCCUCCUACUCAUGAUCCAAAAUAUUAUGAGUAACAUUUUCAAUAAAUGUUAUUUUUGUCCCGGAGAACUUGCAUUCUGACCUCUGUCUUUAUAUUUGUUAUUAAUCAUGCAUACUAAAAAGAAAACACUUAUUCAACAUUUAUCUGGUUACCUUAGUGACAGACUGACUACUAAAAAUAAAAAUUAUCAAAGGGAUUCAGAGGAAACACCUGCAGCUCAUCAGCCUGUUUGUGUGUAUGUGUGUUAUGUUAUGGUUAUGGUGGUCCCUCUCACUGGGGGCGCAUAUGUCAGUGAAGGAGGCUCUGCAGGGGAUCCACUCUGUCUCCUCUGGGUGUCUUCCUUGCUCACAGCGGUGCCCUUUAAAGGAUAUUGACACCUCAUAAGCAAUAAUCUUUGUCAAAUGGGUUGUACCCUGUGUCUGGCAUUUAUGAAAUCAUUUAUAAUUAAAAGAUUAAUUUGUUCAUUAUUAAUUUGGUGUUUCCUCAGUGAUGCUGUCUCAAAACUUAUUUAGGGGAUCUGUGCUAAUCUUGGCAGUAAAUACCUUUUUUUGCACAAUAAGCUAAAUCUUUGACAAAACAUUCACUACUACUGCUCCAAGGUCUGUUCUAAAAAUACUAAUUUUGUGAUGAAAAUUGUGUUAAGUGCCACUGAAUUUAGGAGAGCUGGUGCUAAGGGACGCUGUAUAGUGAACAAAAAGGCACCACAAUUAAAAUCAGUAAACUGGUCGUAAAAGACUCGAUGCAAAUUGUUGUACCAUUCAUCUUACCCAGUGAUGUCUCUAUUUUUUGCAAUGAAAGACCUCAUUUGAUUUAACCAGGAAAGGUGAUGGAAGGGCGAAGAGAGAUGCCUUAUUUCCUAACAGUUAGAUAGAUUGUGGAGAACAUAAAUAUUAAAGCUUCUGGUAUUAACUUUGUUUUGUAUCAACUGUGGCGCCCUCUGUUGACUAAGUGGUACCUCAUGGCAAAUGUAAGAUAUUUUGUGAUGAAAAUCUCAUCUUGUUGUCACUGAAUCCUUGCUGUGGAAAAUGUCAAAGUUGUUUUGAUAGCAUGCAAAAGCUCACUACGCUGCAGCAGACGUUUAAAGUAUUUAGAUCAAUUAUAAUAAAGCUCUAAUGAGGAGUUAUCAUCUUGGCAUGAAA